CUGACCCUAAAGACACUAUGGUGGACCGACUAUGUCCUUGGGCUUCAUACGUGGUGCAGCCACCCAAGUCAGAAGGGAUUGCGUAUCAGCAUCACUUCUGGAACCCUCCACCAGAAGAGAAAUAUACCUUCAAGCACCCAAAGCCAAAUAAGCCAUCAAGCCUGAGGAUUUAUGAGUGUCAUGUUGGCAUUGGUACUAGUGAGCCUAAAGUUGGAUCAUACAAGGAGUUUACCAAAAUGUUCUUCCAAGGAUAGCA